CCAGCCCCUUGCCAUCCUCGUGCUGCCUUAGGCUAUAGAAAAGGAGGCCACGCGGAUCUCCAGGAUCAAUAGGCUCGUUCGAUCGGAGUAGUAAUUAAGCCAGAAGUUGACCAAGGAGCUCGCACUAUCAAGGGGCACGAGCACGCGCGCGGACCAAGGGCUACUAUAGGCUGUUGUUGGUCAGCCAGCUCUCCUUCCGGUUCCGGCACGGCCAAUUCCAAGAUGGAGAUGGUGAAAGCAUGCAUGCGGCCUGCCGCCUCCGCGUCCUCGGGGCCCCGCGUGCUCGUGCUCGGCGGGACUGGCCGUGUCGGCGGCUCAACGGCCACCGCGCUCUCCCAGUUCCGGCUCGACCUCAACAUCCUCAUCGGCGGAAGGAACCGGGAGAAAGGUGUGCUGCUGGUAUCUAAGCUCGGACAGCGAUCUGAAUUCGUCCACGUUGAUAUUCACAAUUCAAGCAGGCUGAAAGAGGUGUUGGAGGGCGUGGAUUUGGUGAUUCAUGCCGCUGGACCAUUCCAGAGGGAUGACAAAUGCACAGUCCUGCAGGCAGCAGUAUUUACCAAGACAGGGUACACUGAUAUCUGCGAUGGAGUGGACUAUUCAUGGAGGGCAAAAUCUUUCCAUGAACAAGCAAAAGCUUCCGGCGUCCCAGCUCUCAUAACUGCAGGGAUAUCUCCUGGAGUGAGCAAUGUGAUGGCAGCUGAGCUUGUACGUACUGCAAAAGGCGAGAGUGGUGGUGAACCAGAAACACUGAGAUUCUUCUAUUACAUUGCAGGUACAGGUGGUGCAGGCCCAACUACGUUGGGCACAAGCUUGUUACUUCUUGGGGAGGAUGUAAUUGCCUAUGAUAAAGGGAGCGAAAUCAAACUAAAAGCCUACAGUGGAGCUCGCAACAUUGAUUUUGGAAAAGGGAUUGGGAAGAAAUAUGUUUACUUGAUGAACUUACCGGAGGUGAAGAGCACACACAAAAACUUAGGUCUGCCAACUGUUGAUGCUCAAUUUGGUUCAGAUCCUUUCAUCUGGAAUUGGGGAAUGGAAACGUUCGCAAACUUCUUGCCUUCUGACCUCUUGAGAGAUAAAAAUGUCACUCUAAAGUUUGCUGAGUGUGUUGACCCUUUCAUUCGAGUUAUUGAUGGGAUUGUAGGAGAGCGUGUUGCCAUGAGAAUUGAUCUCGAAAGUUCAAAUGGGCACACCACUACUGGAUUAUUUGCUCACAACAAUCUAUCCGUUGGGCUAUGCAGCGGCCGCAUUUGCUCUAGCAGUUCUAGAAGGCAGCACAAAGCCAGGGGUUUGGUUUCCAGAAGAGCCAGAGGGAAUAGCUAUUGAUGCAAGGAAGCUCUUGCUCCGACGGGCAUCUCGAGGAGUAACGAACUUCACAAUGAACAAGUGAUCUACUAUCUCAAAUAAUAGCAAACAAAUAGCGAAAUCAAGUAUAUUUUUAUGUUAAUAACAAGUAUGGCACUUGAAAACAGGAAUUCCGGGAUGAUAGAAUGCUGAUCAUAUGGAAAUGAAUCCCUGGGUCAUAGAAUGCUGAUAAUAUGGUGAUGAUGGAAGUUAUAGCUUCAUCAAACUAUUGUACUCUUCCCCUGUAAUCCCCCCUCUCCCUCAAUGUAACUCUGAACUAUGUUCUGGGCUAUUCGGUUGGUAAUAAAGUUCAGGCAGGCGUAAGCCCGCCGUUGACGCGUAAAA